AUGAAGCAGGCAAUCCAUUCUUUUUCUUUCCAGAGACUUUGUUCUUGUUUGUUCCUCUCAAGUAGCCACGCCUUCCCGAUGCCUCCUAGAACCCUUUCCCUCGAUCUCGGUCGAACGAGCAACUAUGUUUGCAAAUCAUGUCUCGCCCACUUGCGCCCAGUGACCAACCAACCCCCGCAAUGGCUAGCAAGACAGGCCUCAACGGCCAGAAGCCUUCGAUCCCGAACGAGAAAACCGGCAACCGAACUAAAAGACAAGGACCCUGAUCCCGCCGAGAUCCAGCGAAUGUUGGCCGAGGACUUGUUCAAUGGGUCCGCAGCGCAGUCGAACCUCGAUAUCAAGUACUUCUCAGAAAACAUCAAGACUAGCGAGCGCAAGUCUUUACAGACCAAUGAAGAGUUUAGUGAGGACAGCACCGGGCUUGACCAUGAAGUCCUCACUUCUAUCGAAGAUCUUGAAAGGCGAAUGCUGGACACGUUGAAGUUAAUCAACACGAUGGAAAAGGAGGGAAAGAAGGAAAAGGCUGCCCAGCUCAGGAAACAGUUCAAGACAACAAUUCGAGCACAGUACAAGGGCAAAGUUGGACCCGAGGGUGAGGCAUAUGGAGUGCUUCGUAUUAAAGGAUUUUCCGGUCCAAGAUACAGGGUGGUGGAAGACCUCAACAUCUUUCUCGCACGGGAAAAGGUGUUGGAAAAGGGCGUGCCUUCACACAAGGACCUUGCCGAGUGUUGGAAGUUCUAUUCAUCAGCGCGGAAGACACUUGCCCUAGACUGGGCGAAGGUUCCGCGGGAGGUCUGGGACUUUCUGUUUAUGGUCCUGUCCUUUGACAGCCGUGACAAUCCCAACCGCAUGCAACAUACUUACGUGCUGGCAAAGGAUAUGCAGGCUGCCAAAGUACCCUUGAGCGACUCGCAACAGCUCUUGGCCAUUGAAGCCAUGUUCAUUGAGGGGUGGGAAAUCGAGGCUAUCGAUGCAUGGAAAAAGGCUGUCAUCACGAUUGGGUCAAACAAGGAGACUUUCACGCCUUACUAUGAGCUCGGAGUACGGAUGUGCGCGCUCCACGGAGAUGUUGAACGAGCGCAGCAGGCAGCAGAUACGCUCCUCCGGUCGUCACAUCCACCAAGUCCUCGAAUUAUCAUCCCCAUAGUACGAGCACUGGCAGCCAAAAAGUCAAUGCUCGAUGAAGCAUGGGAACGUUACCAGGAUAUGCGCACGCUUCUUGGAGGCAGCAUGACGAUAGAGGACUACGAUGAAAUCAUUGGCUCGUUCCUGACUGUCGGUGCGGUCGAACAAGGCCUUCAGGCUUUUGUCGACAUGAUGUUCUCCGAGGCGAUCGAUAUUCGGGGAAGGGACCGCUUACCAAUGGUGGUUGGCAACCACUUCUUCACCGGGAAGUGGCUCAAGAGACUUAUAGGAGCGGGCGACCUCGACGGCGCUUACAAAGUGGUAACCUACCUGCAGAAAAAGGGCAUCAUCACAGCGCCUGUCCAACUCAAUGGUCUCAUCGCCGCGUGGAUGAGGUCAGGGGCCGCUGAGAACCUGGAAAAGGCCGACAAAGUGGCAUGGCAGAUGAUCCAAGCCCGCCUGGACUUUGUCGAGCUGCGAAAGCGAGAGUCUAUCGCGAACGGCAACCUCACACUCUACAAUCCCAAACCUAAUGCCAUAAACGAGAAACAAGAACUAAAAAACGAAGUCGAGCCCAAGUGCCUGACAAGGGCAACGGCGGAAACUUUCUCUCUGCUCGCGGAAAAUUACUGCUCUCGCAGGCUUCACGAACGUCUGGAGGAGCUGUUCAGGGUGCUCGACCAAGCAGAGAUUAUGCCAACAACCUUCCUCAUGAACCAGCUCAUCCGCUCGUACUCCCAGGCGAAUGAAACCAAAAAGGCGCUGAACUUGUACAGCAGGUUGGCAGAUGAGAUUGGUGUUCAGCCAGAUGGGCACACGUUCCUGACCAUGUUCAACUCGUUGUCUGUCAACCGGCUUAUUAAGCGCAUUCCCACCUUUACUGAACACGACAUCGCCAGCGCGAGGAAAUUUUUCAAGGAUAUGGUGGAGACCAGGUGGGAAUUCGACACCCCGGAGCUCUUUGGCCAGUUGCCUAGGACGAUCCUGUUCAGCAUGUUCAAAGCCAAGGACUGGGUUGGCGCCAUCGUUGCCUGUCGGGCAAUGAGGCGCAUUUUCGGCUUCCAUCCUACAGACGCUCUUCUUGUCGAGCUGAUGUCAGGUAUUGGCUCCUUGCAGGUCAAGACGAAGAGGAACACGCUCCGUCUGACGGAGGGGGCCCGCAUUAUCGAGAACUUUAAGCACGGUUAUCGGAAAGACCUGAUCAAGCAAGGGCAUCCGGGAGAGGAGAUGACGCCUGAGGAGCUGGUUGAGGAGAAUCAUGCUGUGUUUGAACAGAUUGUUUAUAGGAAAGCCAAGGUGAGGCAGGUCGUGCCGGAGGAUUUGAACAAGUGGGUUGGGGAGGUGUCCAAGGAGAUGGGGGUGUAUGAUAUUGUGGUCAAGGCGGAUCAGGAGGCGAUCAGUGAGUGUAUGAAGUUUGACAAGCAGGCUAUCAUGGGGUAG